AAUUCAAUGCAAAUAACAUGAGUGUGGAGCAAAAACAACGAUAAGGAAAUUUGACAGAUUAUAAAAGUGAAGAAAGACAAGAGAAAAGGGAGGAUCCAUGGCCACAAGGGAAGGUACCCUGCAAAUCGCAAAGAAGAAAGUCCCUCUCAUUCCUCUUCUGUCUAUUCUCUGCUUCAUUUCCAUUUUCUUCCUUCUCUCCCAGUUCAAAUCUACCUCCACCUCCCACCACUCCCUUCCCACGUUCCAAAUCGAGAAACACGAAUACCACCGCGGUUCCUGCGACUACUCCGACGGAACAUGGAUCCACGACCCCUCGAGGACUCCGAGGUACGACAAUACCUGCAAGGAGAUCUUCAAGGGCUGGAACUGCCUCUCCGCCCACAAAUCCAACGCCCCACAUCUCUCCACGUGGCGCUGGCAGCCCCGCCUCUGCGAUCUCCCCCAGUUCGACCCCGCUGAGUUCCUCCGCACUCACACCCACACCAACAUUGGGUUUGUCGGGGACUCGCUCAACAGGAACAUGUUUGUGUCUCUCUUCUGCUCUCUCAAGAGUGUCUCCGAUGGACAGAUCAAGAAGUGGCGACCUGCUGGCGCUGACCGUGGAUUCACCUUUCUCGCUUACAAUCUCACCAUCGCUUAUCACCGUACCAAUCUUCUCGCUCGUUUUGGUAGCUGGUCAGCUACUGAUAAACGUGGUGCCUUGGAAACUCUUGGAUUCAGAGAAGGAUAUAGAGUUGAUGUUGAUGUUCCAGACACCACAUGGGCACAAGCUCUAAGUUUCCACAAUAUUCUAAUUUUUAACACAGGGCACUGGUGGUGGGCCCCUUCAAAAUUUGACCCUGUGAAAUCCCCUAUGCUUUUCUUCAACAAGGGUCAGCCAGUAAUCCCUCCAUUACGUCCAGAUCAAGGCCUGGAUAUGGUUUUGAAGCACAUGAUCCCAUAUAUGGAGGAAAAAGCACGACUAGGUGCUCUCAAAUUUUUCCGUACUCAGUCACCCAGGCAUUUUGAAGGGGGAGACUGGGAUCAGGGUGGUUCCUGUCAAAGGGAUCGGCCUUUGUCGAUAGAGCAGGUAGAGGAACUUUUCUCUGAGAAGAAUAAUGGGACAAAUGUGGAGACUCGACUGGUGAAUAAACACCUCUAUAAGGCUCUUAAGGGGUCUAGUUUCAUUAUUUUGGACAUCACUCACUUGAGCGAGUUCAGGGCUGAUGCGCACCCAGCUUCAGCUGGAGGGAAAAAACACGAUGAUUGCAUGCACUGGUGUUUACCUGGAAUUACAGAUACCUGGAAUGACUUGUUCAUAGAGCUACUGAAAAGUAAGUAUCAAGGGUAGAAGCUGAUUAAGUAGUUAUUUAUAUUUGUUAGAAAAGAGAGGGGAAAAAAGAAAAAAAGAGAUAAAUGCAUUGUCCAUAACUUUUGUCUUGUACUUCAUCUUUGGUUUGUUGGGACGUGAUUGAUUUCAUGAGUAUAUUCUAUUAUUUUCUUUUUGAUGGUCAAUGAGAUGAAUCCACUGCUGUCUCUGCCGCGCUA